UUAAAGAUGGAGGAUUUGUCCCGGUGGGCGAGGGAGGCCGGGUGGUGGGUAAGGAGGUGCUGCUGUGGCGAGGUGCAGGACAAUGAGGAGGAGAAAGGGAGGGGGGAAGAAGAUGAGGAGGAGGAGGAGGUGAAGAUGGAGGAGCUCCGCUUCAGAAAGAGCAGGAGUUCGACUUCCCUCCCGCCUGCUGAGCUGGAUCCGGACCAGUCUAGUCUGUCCCCCUCUGGAUCCCAGCCUCACUGGUUCCACACCCUGCAGGUCCGAAGGCUACGAGUGCAGCGAGGGCGCAGCAACAGUGACCCUAUGGGAGAGAAAAGCUGCCAGGACCACUUCACCUGGAAACCAGGUCUUCAGUUUGGAGCAGCUCAUUCCUACGUGAGUCUGGAGAAACUGGGUGAAGGCGCCUACGCCUCUGUCUACAAAGGAGUCAGCAGGAUAAACGGGCAGCUGGUGGCUCUGAAGGUGAUUCGUAUGAAGACGGAGGAGGGCAUCCCGUUCACCGCCAUCAGAGAAGCCUCUCUGCUCAAAGGUCUGAAACACGCCAACAUCGUCGUCCUCCAUGACAUCAUCCACACCAGAGAGUCACUGACCUUCGUCUUUGAAUACGUGCAGACAGACCUGGCCCAGUACAUGAGCCAACACCCCGGAGGACUGCACUCACACAACGUCCGGAUCUUCAUGUUCCAGCUGCUGCGAGCUCUCUGCUACAUCCACAGCCGGAGAAUCCUCCACAGAGACCUGAAGCCCCAGAACCUGCUCAUCAGCUACCUGGGAGAACUCAAGAUGGCCGACUUUGGUCUGGCUCGGUCCAAGUCCAUCCCCAGUCAGACCUUCUCCUCUGAGGUGGUGACGCUUUGGUACCGGCCCCCCGACGUCCUGCUGGGAUCCACAGAUUAUUCCACGGCUCUGGACAUCUGGGGAGCUGGGUGUAUCUUCAUAGAGAUGCUGCAGGGGGCACCGGCGUUCCCGGGGGUCACUGAUGUGUUUGAACAGCUGCAGAAGAUCUGGAUGGUCCUGGGCGUCCCCUCUGAGGACAGCUGGCCUGGAGUCAGUCAGCUGCCCAACUAUAAACCGGAGCGGUUUGUUCACUGCGAGCCGAAGCAGUUUAGGACCGUUUGGAAAAGGUUGAACCAGCUGCCCUAUAAGACCGAGGACCUGAUCCAGAGGAUGUUGAAAGGGGUCCCUACAGACCGGAUCUCGGCGCAGGACUCCCUGCAGCACCCGUACUUCAGCACGCUGCCUCCUCCCAUCAUGCACCUCAGAGAUACCGUGUCCAUUUUCAAGGUGCCCGGCGUUCGUCUGGAGACGGAGGUCAGAGACAUCUUCAACCCGGGACGGAGGGUCAAGCCGUCCCUGCUGCCCUCGGCCAAGUGCUGGUGAACAGCCCUCAGAUUGGCUGCGAGUGCAGAGCUGAUGGUUGCUCACAUGUAAAUCUGAUUUAAUCUCCGUAUUAGUUGAUUUAAAUAUAAAAUGUUCCCUUCAUGAGGUUUAGUCCUUCAGGACGUCCUGUUAGCAUUCGUUAGCAUUCGUUAGCAGCGCCGCUGCAGAUUCAUCAGGAUUUAUUCAUGUGUUCUGGCUGAUGAAGUCCCCUGAAACUGUUCAUGAAUAAUGAGUGAAUCUUUAUUUGUUCUUGUACCAAAGCUCCCUGUUGACAAUAAAGCUGCUUCCUCUGUC